GAGGAACAGACGCUUAUAAGCAGACGAAUACCCUCCUGGACGAGUGGAUUCUUUUUUGCACAAUCCUCAACUAGUCUCUCCGACCCCCCAAGACUUCCGGUCUUUCUCCACACCCGAAGUCGAGCGUCCAAUCCGCUGUCGACGUCAUACUUCGAUUUCCAGUUGUUUGCUGUACCUCAUCAGGAAAUUACACACAUCAUACAUCAUGUCUGCACAGACCAAACACUUCUUCUCGGACCCGAACCAUCUGGUGGUCACCGCCCUCCACUCGCUGACUUUGACAAACCCUUCUCUUGCUUUCGACCCUGAGAACAAGAUCAUUUUCCGCCGCCCCGAUUCGCUCAAAAAGAAGAAGGUCGCGAUCGUUUCCGGCGGUGGCUCCGGCCACGAACCGGCUUUCGCGGGCUUUGUCGGCCAAGGAUUCCUAGAUGCUUCAGUCGCUGGCACUAUCUUCGCCUCUCCCUCUGCCGUACAAAUCCGCAAAGCUGCUCUCGACUGUGUCGACAAUGAGCAAGGUGUGUUCAUCAUUCCCAUGAACUACACCGGCGAUGUGCUCAACUUCGGUAUGGCUGCCGAGAAGGCACGCGCUGCCGGAAUCAAGACUGAAUUUUUUGCUAUCAAUGACGACGCUGGCGUCGGCAAGAAGAAGGGCGGAAAAGUCGGUCGUCGCGGCAUUGGCGGCGGAAUCCUCGUUCUGAAAAUCGUCAGCGCCUUGGCUGAGACAGGUGCUUCUCUCGAAGAAAUCCACCGUGUUGCUAAGCAGGCCAACUCGCUGCUCGCAACUGUGGGCUCUUCUCUAGAGCACGUCCACAUUCCUGGCCGACCUGCUUCAGAAGAUACUAUUCCUGUUGGGGAGGUCGAAGUUGGAAUGGGUAUUCACAACGAACCCGGAUCCCAUCGAAUGAAAUUCACUUUGCCAGAGCUGGUCAAGACCAUGCUUUUCCAAAUCUUGGACCACAACGACCCUGACCGUGCUUUCAUUACACGUGAACCGGACGACGAGUUUGUGCUCCUGAUUAACAACCUGGGUGGUGUGAGCAGCCUGGAGCUCUCUGGUAUCACCGAUGAAGUAUACCGCCAGCUUGAGCAGGACUACAGCAUCAAACCCGUACGAGUUAUUCAAGGAACUUUCCUCACCAGUCUCAACGGAUUAGGUUUCAGCGCUUCGCUGUUGAAGCUCGCUGAUAAUGGAUUGGGCGCUGGCAAGUCUUUCCUUGAGCUUUUGGAUGCCCCCGCCGAGGCAGUCGGUUGGUCCGCCCCUAUCCCAACAUCCACCUGGGACCGUCGGACCGAUGCUCCUGUAGAGCUCAAGAAGACCAAGCUGGCUGAGGAACAGCCCAGUAACGUUAAGUUGGACCCUGCUACUAUUAGAAAAGUCUUGGGAGCUGGUCUCCGGCGCAUCAUUGACGCCGAACCAACAGUUACUCGCUACGAUACGAUCGUCGGAGACGGUGACUGUGGCGUUGGCCUGAAACGUGGUGCCGAGGCUGUUCUCGCACUCCUUGAGGACAACUUAUCAAGCCUGGAUGAUGACGUGGUUAAAACCGUCAACCGCAUCGUUACCAUUGUGGAGAACACUAUGGAUGGUACUUCCGGUGCCAUCUACGCCAUCUUCUUGAACGCACUUGUGCACGGCCUCCGGGAGCAAGACAAGGGCAAGACGACUCCUGCCACGGCUGAAGUCUGGGGUGAGGCCUUGAAAUACUCGCUUGGAGCUCUUGGAAAGUACACACCAGCCAAGCCUGGUGACCGUACUAUGAUUGACGCCCUUGUUCCCUUCUGUGACACUCUACGCGACACCAAGGAUGUCCAUGCUGCUGCUCAGGCUGCCCAAGAGGGAACUGAAGCCACGAAGAGCAUGAAGGCCAGCUUGGGACGAUCUGUCUAUGUGGGUGGUGAAGACGAGUGGGUGGGUAAGGUUCCUGACCCCGGUGCUUACGGACUUAGCGAAUUCUUCACCGGGCUUGUCGAAGCCAUUCCAAAGCAAGCAUGAUUCCUCGAACCUCGCGGUACAUAUUGCAUCUCAUGAAACACUUUAAUUUUAAUCGAUGACAUCAUGACAAUUGCAGGCGUUCUGUUUUGUGCAGUGUUCAUUGCUCGGUUUUAUCCAUGCUUCUAAUCAGUUACAAUUACCAAUAGUGUAUAAAUUC